GGGCGAUGGCGACAUCGCAGACAUUUUCGUUGAGCCAUUUCACAACGAGAAAAGCCGAAAGGCAUAUAAUGAAUGCAAGUUUGUGCGACGUAUGAUUUCAUGACUUGACAGUGAUUUCUGGAUUUUUCUUUUCGCCAUGCAUUCACAUCACCAGGAUGUCGAAGAUGUGCAUGUUGCCAAGAGCUGUUCUUCUCAUAGCGACAAAUAUGGAUCGACCGAGGAGCUCAAUGUCGGUGGCCGGGGAGCCACGCAGCGACGAUUGCGGAAUUAUCAAGUUACCAUGAUCGGUUUCUGCAGUGGAAUCGGUACAGGUCUCUUCGUAGGAACUGGCAGUGCAUAUGCGACAUCUGGGCCGGCUGGAUUACUACUGGCAUAUAUCAUCGUUGGAGCUGUCCUUUGGUGUGUUAUGCAGAGUAUUGCAGAAUUGGCGACCGUUUUCCCCACUGCUGGAUCUUUCCCACAUUGGGCAACGCGCUUCAUCGAUCCUAGUGUUGGCUUCAGUCUCGCUAUCUCGUAUGGCUACUGCUACACCAUAUCCGUUGCAGCAGAAGCUUCCGCGUCGGCUAUUAUCGUCAGCUACUGGACCGAUCUCUCCCAAGCAGUGGUGAUCACUGUCUCUCUGGUUCUCAUCUUGAUCAUCAACUUGUUCAGCGUCCGCGUAUUUGGGGAGACAGAAGUGAUUGCAGGUACAAUCAAAGUGCUUUGCUUCGUGGGCUUGAUCUUUGUCUCCAUUGUCAUCACCGCAGGCGGAGGACCGAAUGGAGGAGCGAUUGGAUUUCGAUACUGGAACAACCCAGGCCCGUGGGUGGACUACAAUGGCAUCACUGGAUCUACUGGCGCAUUCCUGGGCUUGCUUUCUUCGUUCGUCAAUGCAUCAUUCUCCUUCAUCGGAGUGGAGACAGUGGUCAUUACUGCUGCUGAGUCUAUCGAUCCUCACCGAGCUAUUCCACGAGCCGCUGGACUGGUCACAUAUCGUAUCGGCUUUUUCUACAUUUUGGGCGCUCUUUUGAUCGGCAUGACUGUGGAUCCUCGCAAUCCUGAUCUGGUCUCCGACACUGGGAAUGCAGCUUCGUCGCCCUGGGUGAUUGCGAUCAAAGAAGCUGGAAUUGUCGCCUUGCCUUCGAUCGUGAACGCGUGUAUUCUGAUCUCCGCUUGGUCCGCUGGGAACUCAUACUGCUGGGUCGGCUCGCGCAUGAUCGUAGCAAUGACCACAGAUCGUCAAUUACCCCAGAUCUUCGGCAAGACGAACAAGGAUGGUGUGCCAUACUACGCAGUCAUCGCUGCGUGGCUGUUUGGUCCUCUUGCAUACUUGAGUCUUGGCUCAGGCGGAGCGUCACAAGCCUUCACAUGGCUCAGAAACUUGAGUACAGUAGCCGGUUUGAUCGCG